AUGACAUCCCAGUCGAGCCUUGAAGUGAAGUGUCGGAACUGUGACCAUCCUCUGUCAGACCAUGAGGAUUAUCAUCCACUUCAUCUUCAACCGACUCCAACAGCAACCACACAGAGACGCACAUCGCUAAAAAUGGUUACGCAAGGACACAGUAUCAACGGUAGCUGCUGCUAUAGAUUCUCAAAACGUCAUGUUAAAACGGGAACACCAGCAAGCGGCGAGACGUUUAUCUCGGAAAUUUCAAGGGACUAUUAUCUCGAGAACCACAGAAAUACGUUGUUGUUAAAACCAUGGAAGUCUUUGGAAACUUUCCCUGGCCGUGAUCCCUGGAUCCAAUUCGCAUCGUCCCUACAAGAAAGUAAAUUGCACGUUCAAUUACAACGCCAUGAGGUACUUACACAACCUCACAAUCGGACAUUCCGGAGGGAUGACAUCUUUAGUCAGUCUAUUCAUGAUGAUGGGUUAGGUUCAUCGGAUGUUGUCCUGCCAUCACGCUUGCGUGAGAAAUGGCUCGAAUACAUCCUUGAAGGCAAGAAAUUAUCGACUUCUGAGAAAUGUCGGCUUAUGGAAGCACAAUACCAGGACGAGUUCUACGGGUCAUUCAAUCUCGUGGCAGGCCGAGGAGUACCAAUCUGCAGCGAAUGGUCCAGAAGCAGUGAUGGCCGUGUUGACUUCUAUAUUCCGGAGAAAAAGUGGGCGAUUGAGUUGCUUAGAGACCAUGACCGCGUCAAUGAACACAUCUCUCGGCCCAAGGAAGGGGCAUCAUAUCAUUCUUGGUUGAACGAGAAGACGGGCUACGUCCCUGAUUAUGAGGAAGUCGAGGCGUUCAAGGUGGAUUGCGUUCUCGAUGCUCAGGCGUUCGUCUUGUGUUGCCAAUAUCACCAAAGGAAUUCGGUGUGCGAGCCACCCUCCCUAGCGAUCGAAGCCGCGGCCGAUAUCUUUGUUCAUUGUUUGGACUCCAAUGACAUCUGGCCCAACGACGACGUUCCCAGCUGGUUUCCGGUGGCGCAUCGCAACCUCGCCCACGCAUUUGAUAAUGCGGAGACCGCCCAUCGCCGCGCUCACAAGCUGACUGUGGCCAAGGAGAAACGAGGUGGAUAUGAUUACCAGAAGAAGCCUUUGAUUGACAUUCGUCCGCAGAAUUAA